AUGAAGAAAGUCGAGCAAAAGAUCCAGCGUCGAUCAGUCUUAGGAGUUCCAGAAAUCAGUGCAACGUCUGGUGACUUGAUCUUUGAAUCAACGACCAGAAAUGUCAUGGUACGGUAUGAAGUAGAUAGUGUAACAAAUGGUCUUACACUCAUAUAUACCGAAGCUGCAAUGUUGACAUCAACUUUAUACCCUACGGCGAAAAGGUUUCCUGUGUAA